AUGGCCAUCUUCUGUGCCUCUACAGUUGCUGUUGCGGCUGAUAGAGAAAUCAGCUCACUGGCGAGUGCACCAUUAGGGGCACUUAUUAAUUGCUCUGAAGACGAAGAACGCCUUGUCCGAGACUUGUUUCGUGAUUAUAACAAAUUAAUUCGCCCUGUGAAGCGCAUCAACGACACUGUUCCUGUCCAAGUGAAACUAUCUUUCAUUCAGCUGAUCAACAUUAACGAAAAAAGCCAAAUUAUGACUACUAACGUGUGGAUUGAACUGAACUGGCCUGAUUACCAAAUCAAAUGGGACCCAGCGGACUAUGGAGGCAUUUCCGUGCUCAGGGUACCACCGGACAAAGUCUGGAAGCCUGAUCUGGUUCUGUUUAAUAAUGCCGAUGGCAACUACGAAGUGCGUUUUAAGUCGAACACCCUUCUCUACCCGGCUGGAACCAUCACCUGGCUGCCACCGGCGAUCUUCCAGAGCUCCUGUCAAAUUGACGUCACAUACUUUCCCUUUGAUCAGCAGAAGUGCGUCAUGAAGUUCGGCUCGUGGACGUACAACGGUGACCAAGUGAGCUUAGGCAUGCUGUACAACAAGUUCCAUGCCGACAUGACUGACUACGUGCGCUCGGGCACCUGGGACAUUGUCGACGUGCCGGCGGUGGUGAACGUCCUCAACAACACCAAGUUCGGCAAGCCCACCGAGACGGACAUCAGCUUCUUCAUCACCAUUCGCCGGAAGACGCUCUUCUACACUGUGAAUCUCAUUCUACCAACUGUGCUCAUUUCUUUUCUUUGCAUUUUAGUCUUCUACUUGCCAUCAGAGGCGGGCGAGAAGGUGACCCUUGGCAUUUCGAUUCUCCUGUCGCUGGUCGUCUUUCUGCUGCUCGUCUCAAAGAUCUUACCUCCCACUUCGUUAGUGCUUCCACUGAUUGCCAAGUACCUUCUCUUCACCUUUCUUAUGAACUGCAUUUCCAUUCUGUGCACCGUUAUCGUGAUCAACUGGAACUUUCGCGGGCCACGCACUCACAAGAUGCCCAACUGGGUGCGGGUCAUCUUCCUCAAAUACCUGCCUAUCUUGCUCUUUAUGAAGCGGCCGAAGAAGACGAGGCUGAAGUGGAUGAUGGAGAUGCCCUCACUGCACUACGACUAUCACCACCAUCACCACACGCCGACGUACGCCGGUGGCCCGGUGAUGGAGAUGACGGCGCCCUCGCACUGUGUGCCUCCUCAUGGAAUGGUUGCCAGCACUGAAGCCUCUCCCACUGCUCACCACCCAAACUGUACGCUGGGCGGACAGGCUAGCGUGGACCGUGAGAUGGCUUUGCGCGACAACGACAGUCUCGACCUUUACUUUAUGUCACCUGACGCAUAUCGAGCCGCAGAGGCGAUCGAGUUUAUCGCCGAGCACCUUCGCAUCGAAGACCGUUAUAUUCAGAUUCGCGAGGACUGGAAGUACGUGGCAAUGGUCAUCGACCGACUGCAGCUGUGCCUAUUCUGCGGCAUCACCACCUUUGGCACCUUUGCCCUGCUGCUCGACGCACCACACAUCUUUCAGCCCAUCGACCAGGACCAAGUGAUCAAGAUCAACCGUCAUGACUACGAGCCAGACCCACCGGUGUGA